AUGGGAUUGUCAAAGAGCUUCAUCUCUUUCCUCCUGCUGGUUUUUGCAGUUCUGGUUCAAUCUCAGGCUCAAUCAGGAUUCAUAAGCAUAGAUUGUGGGGCACCUGCAAAGUCCACCUACUUUGAGGAGACAACAGGCAUAUAUUAUAUAUCAGAUGAGAAGUUCAUAGAAUCUGGAGUGAGUAACGCCAUAACCACUGAGCUCCAAAGUAGGCUUCAACGGCAAGCUUGGAACCUAAGGAGCUUUCCUCAGGGAACAAGAAACUGUUACAGAAUAAGCAUCACAAGUGGCUCUAAAUAUCUGAUCAGGGCCUUUUUUCUGUAUGGAAAUUAUGAUGGCCAGAAUGUGUUGCCAACUUUUGAUCUUCAUCUUGGGCCUAACUUUUGGGAAACAGUAAAAAUAACCAAUGCAUCUGUGCCGUUACUGCCUGAGAUCAUACAUGUUGCAUCACAAGAUUACAUUCAAAUCUGUCUGGUUGACACGGGCUCUGGAACGCCAUUCAUCUCUGCUAUAGAAUUAAGGGCCUUGGUUAUGGUGAAUGGUGUUUAUAAUACUCAGUUUGGAUCCUUGUCACUUCAUUUGAGGUUAGAUUUAGGCUCAACCAGCAACAAAACAUACAGGUAUAGAUAUGAUGCUUAUGAUCGCAUUUGGCUAUAUGUCUACCACCAAGAUUGGACGCAAAUAAAUGCUUCAAUUUCUGAAGAAUCCUUAACUCAAAAUGUUUUCAAACCACCAGCCAUUGUUAUGAGAAAUGCAGCCACGCCAAUAAAUGGAAGUGCUCCAAUGAAAAUAGAAUGGGAGCCAGAAGACGCAACAGACCAAUUCUUUGUUUACAUGCAUUUUUCAGAGCUUCAAGUAUUAGAAAAGAAUCAGACAAGAUCAAUCACUGUUACCAUCAAUGGCGAACCCUAUUUUAUCGUCGAACCUAAUUACCGACUCACAAACACUAUGACACACCCCGAAUCUAUCAGUGGAGAAAAAAUUCAGAUUUGGCUUCAGAAGACUGAGAAUUCAAACCUCCCUCCCAUUCUCAACGCUAUUGAAAUUUAUAGGGUUAGAGAAUUUUCCCAGUCAGAAACAGAUCAAAGAGAUGUUGAUGCGAUCGCAACAAUCAAGUCUUCUUAUGGGGUGACAAGAAACUGGCAAGGAGAUCCAUGUAGUCCAGUGGCCUAUAUAUGGGAAGGUCUAAAUUGUACUUCUAAUCGCCAGAAUUCCUCUAGAAUCACAGCACUGAAUUUGUCUUCAAGUGGAUUGACAGGACAGAUAGAUCCUUCCAUCGCAAAUCUCACCAUGUUGGAGAAGUUGGAUUUAUCAAACAAUAGCUUAAGUGGAGUAGUGCCUAAUUUUCUGUCUCAACUGCAGAACCUAAAGAGCUUAAACUUGAAGAGCAACAAUUUCACAGGUACAGUUCCCUCUGAUCUGCUUGAAAAAUCAAAGGAAGGUACGCUGUUGCUAAGUGUUGGACAAAAUCCAAAUCUAUGUGAAUCUCCUUCGUGCAACAAAAAAGAGAACAAUGUUACCAUUCCCAUAGUGGCAUCAGGUGCUGGGGUUCUGAUCCUUCUGAUAGCUGUGACGAUCACAUUUGUUAUUCUUAAAAGGAGAAAACCUAGAGGUGAGGCUGCUAUAUGCGCACUUGAGACCUCAGAGCGAGUUGACAAAGUUGAUGAACAAAAGGACACACCUCUGCAAAUCAUCAAUAGGCAAUAUUCAUAUUCUGAUGUCCUCAAAAUGAGCAAUAACUUUAGCACGGUUCUUGGAAAAGGUGGGUUUGGAACAGUUUAUUUGGGUUACAUUGAUGAAACUCCAGUGGCAGUUAAAAUGCUCUCCUCGUCAUCGGUACAAGGUUAUCAACAAUUCCAAGCCGAGGUUAAACUCUUAUUGAGAGUUCAUCACAGAAAUCUGACUUCCCUUAUUGGGUAUUGCAAUGAGGAAACUAGUAAGGGGCUCAUAUAUGAGUACAUGGCUAAUGGUAACUUACAAGAGUACCUUUCAGGAAGAAGAAACGAUUCAAAGUUCUCGACUUGGGAAGACAGACUUUAUAUAGCACUAGAUGCAGCACUAGGGUUGGAGUAUCUGCAUUAUGGAUGUAAGCCACCUAUAAUCCACAGAGACGUAAAAUCUUCAAACAUCUUGCUGAAUGAAAAAUUCAAAGCAAAAAUAGCCGACUUUGGUCUAUCUAAAAUCAUCCCAACUGAUGAUGGAACUCAUGUGUCAACUGUUGUUGCGGGUACUCCUGGUUAUCUAGACCCCGAGUACUUUAUAACGAACAAAUUGAUAGACAAAAGUGAUGUUCAUAGCUUUGGAGUAGUUCUUUUCGAGAUAAUCACAAGUCUACCAACCAUAUCAAGAAACCAUGAGAAAACUCACAUAAGUGAUUGGGUUAGCUCCAUGGUUGCUAAAGGGGAUAUAAAUGCCAUUGUUGACUCAAGGUUAAGUGGAGAAUUUGAUAGCAACUCUGCUUGGAGAGCUGUGGAAAUUGCAAUGACUUGUGUAUCUCCAAACCCAAACAACAGGCCAACCAUGAGUGGGGUAGUGAAAGAGCUAAAAGGGUGUUUGGCAACAGAAUUAGCCAGAAUCCAACGUAAUGGUGCUAAUGCAAGAGAGCCAGCUGAAUUAGUGUCCAUGAAUAUGAUGAGUUCUACAGAAUUCUCUCUCUCAGGUCGGUAG